AUUUGACAUUUUUUUGGUACUCUCAUACAAAUGUUUGCAAUUUUAUGUUCAUUCGACUUGUAAUUUGAAUCAAAAUCCAUUCUAAUAAGGCUUAAACUUUUUCUGUUUCUUUAAUUGUCUUUGACCUGUCGCGUGUUGUUAUUAUAAAUACUCUCAGACUUAAGAUUUUGUCAUACUUUGUAACAUUCAUGUUACGCAUUAUUUUAAAGGAACAAUGUGUUAGUCUGAUUAUUAAGUGCUAAUCAUGUUGUCGACUCGUGUAAAUAAAGCCUAUAGGCUGCAGCUAAAGUCUGUGGUAAGGCAGACAAGCACCACGCCAGAUGCGAAAUCCAUUCAAUCGCCGAAUCCAUCUAAAAUUUCUAGUGAUAUGAUAGGUCCACCAGACCCUGUGUCCAAUCUUAGAAAAAUUAUAUUCAAGAAACCUGAUAAUGAGACGUAUUUAGAAGAAAGAUAUCGAAAAUUAAGAAUGGAAGUGCAGGAAUGGAACCACAAUUUUUGGGCUCAGCACAAUUCUCGGUUUUUCGAGGAACGUGAUUUAUAUUUAAAGAAUAACUUGCCUGAAGGAAAGGCAAAUCUCACUGCUGAUGAGAUGAGUGUAUUUUACAAAGCUUUUCUUGACAAAAACUGGAAGACGCAUCUGACAUAUAACAAGGAGUGGUAUAAAAAGAACUUAACUCUACUAAGUUUAGCUAUACAAGUUAGAAUUACAAAAUUAUUUCGAACGAAAGAAUCAAAGUAAUUCCAUAUUUUAUGUGUAGCAAUUUGAUAAAAAUUAGUCAAAAAUUUCAUUUGUACAAAAUUUUAAAUGGUUAUUUAGUUAUAAGAGUGUAAUAUAUUGUAUAGUUAAAAGUCAUUACUUUUAAAAUAAUAAAAAAAAAUCCUCAAUAUUUGUUUUUAUAUAAUUAAUCAUUUGGAUAGGUUAUAAGCACACGAGAGUGGAAUACAAA